AUGGAAUCCCCCGCUCCUGAGCCCUUGGCUUCGCUUCAUCUGAGUCGCCAUGGUAUCCACAAUCCACCACUGCCUCCGCAAUACUCGUCCAACGACGAUCGAUGCUAUAGGAAGCCUAUGGGCGUCAUUCUUCGCACCGUGCACUAUGACAAUGACUUUGCAAUAGUACAGGAAUUCUACAAGGAUGGCCGUGUAGAUGUCUUGGAGGGAGCUUGUAUGUCUAGCAUCAGAAAGGCUGAGCUAUCCGAGUUGUUCCAUCGAUCGGCCUAUGGGCCUCGAUUCAGUCUUUUCUUUUUUGCGCCGAGUCUCGGUAGGUUCAUGACGAGGCGGGACCUCAAUGUACGAAGAAAGCAGGCAGCUCAGUCGGCAUCAGCAAUCUGUGUUGACGAUCAUCGAGCGCGUAUGCUCAUGGAGUUUCGCAAACCAAUCAAUCGCUUGAUCUUCUAUGCCUCAUGGGGCAAUAUCAUGUCAAAUGUUGCGACUCUCAUCGAUGAGUCCAGUCUGCAGGGUGGGUCGGAAGGCUCCCUGUGCCAGUUCCAGGCAUUCAUGAUUCAGUGGUUCUUGCCAGCGGACUCUCUGUGGGCGCUCGCCAUGGCUUGCAAUGUGUACCUGGCCUUCUUCAAGCAUUACGAUACCAGGCGUCUAGGGAUGCUCGAGUGGAAGUAUCUGCUUUUCUGUUACGGACUGCCGUUUAUCCCUGCGUUUAUAUAUCUCUUUCUCCGCUCCGAGACGAGGGGAAAGGUAUACGGUGAUUCUGUGUUAUGGUGCUGGGUCUCGUUGCCGUGGGAUUUUCUCCAGAUAGCCCUAUUCUACGGACCAGUCUGGUUCAUUGUCUUGCUCAUCCUCGCCAUCUACAUCCGUGUCGGUUUCACCAUCUGGCAACAAGGACGCGAACUGAGCAAUCUCGCUACGCCAGACUUCGCACAUGCGACAAACACCACCUCGUCGGGGGAUGUUGAACUCCAUCAAAUACUACAACCAGUGCCCCUUGAUAGCUUCCGGCGGGACUCAAACGGAGAGCAGAGCCCUGCUACUUCUGCCCCUACUUCUUCCCAUCUUCACGUUUCUCCCGAGAACUGGUCUACUCAAAGUCACGCCGGUCCCCCAAACGCACCUCCUAGUCCUGCAUGCUCUGCUUCCUCCAAUAUCUCUCCUGGAACCUGGACUAUAGCCAGCCCCCGCAACUACGACCUAGACCACGCCGAUACCCUCCACCAGCCCGAUCCCGGCUCGCACAAUAUCUCGGCCUCCCAAGCGUACUUCAAAUAUGCCGUUCUCUUCUUUGCGGCAUUAAUCGUCACAUGGGUCCCUUCAUCCGCCAACCGGGUUUAUGCGCUUGCCAAGUCCAAUCACUAUGACUUCGGCCUGAGCUGUGCCUCGAGCUUUGCUCUUCCUCUGCAGGGAUUCUGGAAUAGCCUUAUCUAUAUUACCGUGUCUUGGCAGGCGAUUCUGACCUGGUUUCGACAUGUUGGGGCGCAGGCGCGGCGCACUUCGAGUGCUACACUCCGACCUUUGAAAUUUUCCUUGCGUCAUUUGAGUCGGGGUUGA